AUGGGCGAGGGGGAAAGACGAAGGAGUAGUCAGCACAUAUCAAGAAUGGAUAAUAUCAUUCAAUAUGGCCGCAAAAUCGCCCUUCUCGUCUUAAUCUCGACUGCUCAAACCGCACGCGGUGUAGAUGCGAACAAUGUCACACCCCGAUGGGGUCAUGCAGCAGCUUAUAUCCCUUCCCCUCCCACCCUCAUUAUACAAGGUGGUAAAACCGACCCAUCAUCUUCUUACACCUACUCAUCCUCACCUAAUACAGGCGAGACACUCAUACUCCCUCUCACGUCGUCAUUCUCAACAUCCUCUGCACCUUUCACAUCCCUCAAUUUACCCUCCGCCCCCACUUCAGCGUGGCAUACGCUCACACCUCUAUCUUCCGAAGGAGAAGGGAUCUGGAAGUUACUAUCAUUCGGUGGUGAUGGGGGUACUGCCGAAGCUGUUCAGACAGGUUCAAAUUCAGCUUGGAUAAUGGAUGUCAAGACCGAUGGACCGGAGGUGAAUUACACAAGACAAGAAAGUGGGAAUGGUCAGCCUAUGAGAAGGAUCUAUCAUUCCACUUCUUCCACUUCGGAAGAUGGACAAGUGUAUAUUACAGGAGGACUGAAAGAUGAUGGUUCAGGAGUAACAUUCUCGGAUGUUUAUUCGUUCGACUCGUCAACAUCCUCUUUCUCGCCAUUACCUAGUCUACCUAUAAGGCUAUAUCAUCACUCCUCGAUACUUCUUCCAAAUGGGACUUUGCUUGCUCUGGGUGGAGCCUACACUUCACCUUCCACUGGAGGAGCAACACUCCAGCCUUAUUCGAGGAUAUAUACCCUUGAUACUACUUCCUCGUCAGCUAGCUGGACGGAGAGACAGAUACCUGGACCAAUGCCUGAGGGGAGAAGAGGUGCGAGUUUGGUGAUGAAUGAAGAUGGAUCGAAGGUUUUCUUAUUUGGUGGAGCGAAUGCUGGAUUAGGGGAUGUGUAUGGUGAUAGUUGGGAAUUCAACUUGGCAGAUGGAACAUGGAAAGAAGUCACGACAGCUGGACAAGGCCCUAAAGCACGGUACGAUCAUACUGCCGUGGCUAUAGGUGGGAAUCAAAUUGCUGUCUUUGGAGGUUACGGUGAUGGAGGACCUGCCGAUUCGACUCUGCAUAUUUGGGAUACCUCGACGAGCUCCUGGAUCACCGAUUUCACACCUAUUCCUACGUCUUCGACAUCGACCACCUCAACAACCUCAAGUGGUAAGUCCGUAGAUCCAAGCGGUAUCUCCGCUUCCCACAUAAUUGGAACAAAGACAAAGUCUGCAUCGGGGUUAGAACAUACACCCUCAGGUGCGACUAUCGACUCUUCUUCCGCUUCCCCUUCUUCUUCAAGUACAUCUGCACCGACCGAUGCUGGCGCUCAUAGUCAUCCCCUCACGCUUCCAAUCAAAAUCAGUUUAAUCCUUGGUAUACUCGCCGUGAUCGGAUUGUUGGUGGGGUUAUGCCUGUGGAGAUGCCUUCGACGCCGAAAAGCCAAACAAGCCGCGAUACUAGCUUCCCCUUGGCCUGCCAGUGGAUCCAGAGCCAGAACACCUUCAAGGCCAUAUAGAUCAAGGGAGAAAGGUGGAGAAGGAUUGAUGGAACAGCUCAGUCCUGAAAACCCUAUUGAAGGUGGUUACGAAGCUUGGGGCUUAAGGGAGAAGGGUGCGUCGAUCGGUUUAGGGAUGGGAGCUAUUGGAGCUACUCUGCAUAGUAUCUCCAGUAAAUUCAGCGGAAAGAAGGAAGACCCCUAUGCGGAGCUUCAUGAUGAUCCUUCGGAAGAAGUAGGUGGACCCCUCAGAAAGUCGUCGAGAAGGAUUGGAGACGGUAUUAGAUUACUUGGACCUAGACCACAACGGGAAAAGUCACUCUAUUAUUCACCUGAGAAACCAGUUAGGAAAGCUAGUAUGAUACGGAACUCCCGAAUCGACAUGCUCGGAGGAGAGGAUAUGCCCAAUUACGCUGCUGGAACUAGCUCAAGGAAUGUGGAAGGUGAAGGCGAAGAUGCAGAUUGGGUGAUCGAUUCCGAUGAAAGCGGCAGAAAUUGGAAAUCUGCUAAAUCGUUGCUGAAUAAUCGACAGUCCGACGAUGAAAACCAAGAUCCAUUCCAUGAUAGAGAAAUUUCUUUCGACGAUGAUGCUCCGAUUUUACCUCCCUUGAGGGUCCGAGGUGGACCAGUCCCCACGCCUCAUGACUCACGGAGUGAUCUGGGUACUCUGGACGAAAUUGCAAGUAUGUCCAACCCUUAUUCUGAACUUUCAAGAAAUCCACAAUCCGAAUUAUCCAGAAGCCCUUGUUCGAACGUAUCAAGAAAUCGAUUAUCUCACAAUUCAUCGUUGGAAUAUCAUCUACCGAGCUUAUCACCUUCAGACCCACUUGAUCUUACUGGUUUACUAGUUCCUCCAUGUGAUAAUAGGUAUUCGCAAACUUCCAUACCUACUUCUGCUCGUUCAGGUAGAUCAGGUAGAUCAGGUCAGUCCAAUGCUCUUUCGGAUGCUGAAGAAGGUAUAAUAUCCGAGGCAAGAUAUCUUCACUCUCAGUCGCCUACUUUGGUCUCACCCGUUGAGACAGCCUAUGUACCGAUCAAAAGAAGUGAAUCGUUUUUCCGCAGAAUGGCAGCUGGAGGAAUCACUUCAUUGUUGUCAUCUACCAAAUCGAAUUCUUCUUCUUCUCAGAAGAAAGAAAUGGAUAUACGUGAUCCGGCACCUCAACCUACCCUCUGGCCUGUAAUGUCAAGUGAAAAUGUCAAUUCUCCCUCGAACCCUUCAUCAAUCUCACCUGAAAGCUCCAAUCAUCCUCCAACAAGUUGGAAAGGCGAUACACUUGAUCUACCCUCGAACGAACAUGGUAAAGGGCCGAGUCUAUCUUCGCUGAAUUCAGCUAAAUCAAUGAGAGAUAUGGUGUUAGUCCAAAGGGAAACGUCAACUUCCUCAGUGGAAAGUGAAGCUGUAAUAGAGAUGGAAAGAGCCUCUUCCCUUGUUGAUCAGACUUGGACACAGGUACACAACAAAGAUGAAUCCGAUGGGACAUUAGUAAGAGCCGAAGAAAGUGAUUCACUCUCGCCAUUACCUUCUGAAACCUCUACUUCGGUAAUUCCUCUUCGACCGGAUGGAGCGGGACAUUACAGAUCUGGUAAUGGUCAAACCACUUUCGAUGACGGUAAUUCAGGAUUAGAAACUCCAGGUGAAAUAGUAUUUAACGGUGCGGAUUUCGCUUCGCCACCUAUAUUGCCGAUAAAUGAUUUUGCUUCAAUACCAUCUAAUUCAAGACAGAAAGCGGUAGACCUGGACACGGAGCACGACCAAACACUUAAACAAUCCUCUUUACGACCAACCCCUUCUCCAAUCACACCUAAACGAGCGAUCUCCAGAACGUUGAAUGCCACAGUGGUUGAUGAAUCAUCUUUACCUCCUUCCGGAUCACCUGUACCCUCACCUCUGGUACAACAUCGUCGACCCGUCAGAGACGUGGUCAAUUCAAUCAAUAAAAGAGGAAAUUCCACGCCUUUCAGCUUACUUAGUCCCAUGUCGAAUUAUUCGCCUGCUAUUGAUCGAAAAUCGUCUUUAUCUUCGAAUAUCACUGGUUCGUCAAAUGUUACCCGAACGAAACCAGGAUCUACGUCCAGUGGACAAGGGGAAGGGGAAGAUCCAUUCGGUACACCCAGACAUAGACUUGGUCCUGGUACUUCAAAGAUACAAAGACCAGUGACGAUACAUGGAUCACCCGAUGCAGGGGAUACUUCGCCAAUGAGCAAGAGAGUAUCGUCAUCGUCGGUUGAUAAGAGACCAACGACGAUGUGGGAGGUGAUCAAGAAAGAACAGCUCAGAGUGGUUAAUCCGGAUCAAAAUCAGCAGAGAAAGUUUACUGGGAUCGAUAAUUGA